CAUUACAGCAAAUUACAGGAGCACCAUGAUUUUGUAAAUAAUAAUCUAGCCUAAUGUGAAAUUUCGUAAUGAAUCGUUGAGAGUUAAAAUUUGUAAUGUGGCAAAACUUAUGGGCAUUCGUACAGUCGGAAAGUCAUAAAACAGUAGAAUGGGCGAAGUGCGGCGAGGGCGGCAUCUCGACGGUGCCCACGCUGCUUUGGGCGACGGGAGCAGCGGCGCUGGCGCACCGUCUCGUGGCCGCGCUAUUCAGGAGGUUUCUGUUCCGACGGGUGCCGCUGUGGGAGCUGGUAUUGCAGAACCUGCUGUUCAUGUGGAUGGUGAUCUACAGCUUGCACUUCUGGGUGGUGCUGGUGAGGAUAAUCAAAAUUGUCGUGGAGUACUGCUACGAUGAAGAGAACCGGUUACCCUCAGAAGAGGAGGUGGAAGGCAGGAAGCUGAUGCAGCAAUGGAUCGUGUGGAUGUUCUCGCUGACGCCGCUGGUGGUCUACUUCGAGACCCGGCCGCGGCCGGAGGCGCCCCCGCUCAUGAUAUGGAUAACGACAAGUCCCUGGCAGCGGCGCGAGAUGGGUCCCUACGGGUACUACCUGAACAGACCUCCGACUACCCUCCAGUCCACAACUACCCUCGCCGGCCGGCAGCACGCCAUGACCCUUCGGAGGUCCUUCAGCGACUCCAAAGUGAUCGUCAAAGAACCGCCCAAGAAGAAACGUUACUCCAAAUCCGUGUAAAAACUUUUUUA